UGGUUUCAUUCAUAACUACGGUCUUUAUUUGAAGCCCAAAUUAAAGUAUGCAGACGGGGAAGGCGCCGAGUGCACGGCUUCAAAACAGACUUCCCAGCAGGGCUCGGAGAGAGAUGUCCCGAGACAUGGGACAGCCCUGAUCGGCGGGUUUUCGGAGGAGAGGGAAGAUGCUGCUGAUGCUGAUGCUGGUGCUGAUGCUGAGCGCCGCCGGCUGCAGCGCAUCGCUGUAGUCACUCCGUCCGCACGGAGGAGGAGGGAAGCUCCUUCAACACCGCCCGCAAACACAGGCUCGUUCACACUGACCUGGACCAUGAGCAAUGAUCUGCCUGUUCUGACAAGUCUGACGGAGAACUCCACUGACGUGCCAGUGUCGGCCGGACAGGUGGAGAACUAUGUGCUGCUGUUGGUGCUGCUGAGCGUCUUCGCUGGGGGGACCCUAGUCCUGCUGUCCCUGCUGCUGCUCUUCUGUCACCGCUGCUGCUUGGGCGGACGGCGCUACUCCAGAGCGAGCGAUGAUCCCGAGAAGACAAAUACCACUUAUGCUGAGGAUUCUCAUCCCACGCAAGAAAUCACAAUUCGUCUGGAUGAAUCAGAUGCUCUCUCUGCAUCGAGCUGUCAUGAUGGAGAGUCUGAGCGAUUUGUCUCCACUGGGUCUACUGGCCGCAGAGUCUCCUUCAAUGAAUCUGCACUUUAUGAACAGGAGAAAAUGACUCAGGACAAAGGACGCAGGUACACUCUGACUGAAGGGGACUUCCAUCACCUGAAAAAGGCCAGACUGACCCACCUUCACCUGCCUCCGGCCUCAAAUGACCUGAAGAUACUCACCAUCAUGGAGUGUGACUCAGUGGAAAGUAGCACCAUUAACAUCAGUGAGACCUCUGCACCCAAACUACCCCUCACCAUCUACCAGCCUGUUGAGAGCAGAGUACCGGACUGGAUGGGACAGAGUGUGAGUGGGGGCCUGCCAGGAGACCCCCAUCACUCCGUCAUCCUGGACCAGCCGUCCCCCUCAGCCAUGAAAGCACAGCACACCCGCUCCCAAACAAUGGAAGCUAUCGGGGACAGGGGAGAGACGGAGAGUGAAAGGGGACAGAGAGGAGACUCCUCACAAUCUGUGGCCCAGACUUCAGUUCUGCAAUUCUUCUCUAAACUGCGUCGCCAUGCCAGUCUCGAGGGAGCUGGGCCUUACUUCAAGAGGUGGAAGUUUGACACCAGUCACCGCGCUGCCAGCCUUGAUGCCAAAGGAUCCCCAAAGAGAAAGCCUUUUCAGAGGCAGAGAGCUGCGAGUGAAACCACUGACCACACCGAAGAGGACUCUUCUCCCCUCCGAGAUGACAGCUUUGACUCCUUUCCACAAACUCCCAUCCAGACCGGCGGCCUCCAGUCUCUCUCUGCAGAGUCUCUAUCUCAUCCUGCAACUGCACCUUCAUCUUCAGUCUUCCUCCAGAGGCUAAAACUAGAGGCCAUGGUGGAGGCAGGCGGAAGCAUCAACGCCAGGGGAGAGGAACCUGCUUUGCCAUCAGGUUUUAUUCAGAGACAAGAAGAGGCCACAGUCAACGGGAGGCAGGAGGACCUAGAGACCCCUGCAGUUAUAAGAACUCAAGCAGCAGGAGAUAUGCUAGAAGCUACAGAAGACGAAGACUUGUUUGGGACAGAACAAGAGGCCGCCAUGCAGGAAAUGUUUGAAGAUAUGUUAAAUAAACCUAACGACACAAAAACAGAGAGUGGCACAGCAGAUGUGAGGAGAAAGAAUGAGGCAGAAGUGGAUGACGUAGAUGAGGUGAUGUUAGGAGCUGAAGCCAGGCAAAGGACCGAUUCAAUCUCAUCCCUGUCUUUCAUGACCCGUCGGGAGAGCUUGGAGGCACCUCCCUCCUUGUACAGAGAUAUCUGGAGCCUCCGAGCCUCUCUGGAGCAAUACGCCUCCUCAGACCAGAGCAGCACAGACCGGGAGUCCAUCCGAAGUGAUGCGGACAGCGUCUCAUCAAUUGGAGGUGCAGGAGCUCGAUCUGGCCUGGAGAGCUGCUUGUCACAAGAUUUAGACGAUGAGCCUGAAGGGGAGGGGGAGGGAGAAGGGUUGGAGGGAGGAACCAGAAGGGCAUCAGGUCCAGAGACUGAGAUGGGGAGUGGAGCCGGUGGAGGAGAGGGUGAGGGAGGAAACAGGAAGCUCCUUCAAAUGGACAGCGGUUAUGCCUCCAUUGAAGCUCCCUCUCGGGCUCCGGAGGAGAUGCGGUUGUUCGGGACUCCUGGAGUUACUCGAGGGAAGACGGCAUCUGAGAGAAGGCUGUUUUUCACCAACUCUGGGAGAAAAGGUUCAGUAUGCGAGAGUGUUGAUGCCCGGCUGUUUCAGGAGGAGCUGGAGGACCAAAUCGCAGACAGCACAGAGACAGAAGGGAAACUAAAGCACAAAUCUCUGACCCUUCAAGAACCAUAUCAACUCCUGAAGUCCUUACAUCCGCAGAAACCUUCCGAAACACAACCUCAGCCCAUGUCUCCACUGCUGAAACCAGUCCUGCUGCCGCCCAGUCCUCACCGGCCUCGUCUCCGCCGACGCGACUACAGCAUCGAUGAGAAGACGGACGCUCUUUUUAACGAGUUCCUUCGUCACGACCCCCGUUUCGACCAGCAGGACUCUCCGGUACGGUCCAGGCACAGGUCCAGAGUGCACCUUCGGAAACAGUGGCAGAGACAUAAGCAAUACAGUGACCCGGGUUCGGUCACCGGGGGAAGGUAUUCUCCAUCGUUGGAAAGGCAGAGGUUUACACCCCUGAGGAGGGGUGACAGCGCCGGUUACCCUUUGGAUACCAGAUAUUAUAGCACUCUCUCACGCAUAGCGAGCGCAGCAGAUGAAGAAGCCAGCGAGGUGGCAGCUUCCGAGGAAGUGGCCAGAGAGAGAGCAGAAGGCAAAGAUCAAUCGACUAGAGGAGCAGCAGCAGGGGAUGUCACAGAAAGUGUGGCAAGCAGGAUAUCUGAAGGAACUGAUACAAGGAAAAGUAGGUCUGGCUGUGCAGGGUCAACUGGUGAGACUGAUGACUGCCAAGUCUCUUUGGACAAGGACACAGAAAGCACAACCAAUCAGUCUGUGAGCACCGUCACUGCACAAAUGGGCCGCAUGGAUCCCAAAGUGAGCAACAGGAACAACAACAGCAGUCAAGCCAUGCUAUCAGAGGUUUCCCUGCAGUCGGAGGGCAGUCUGACAGACAAGCUGGUCGUGUCAGUGGAAGAGAGGAUCUACAGCGGCCUGCAGAGCGCUGAGAAACCCGGGCAGGAGGUCCUCGCCGUGUCUCAUACAGCCUCCCCUGGAUUCAGUCCCACUUAACUAUGCCAUAUCCUUCAUUAAAUUUCUUUCAAAUAAUAAAUCUAUAAACCAAAACAAAAGGACUUAGGGGUCAAUAGGAAUUCAAACAUCAUUAGUUACUCUGUCAGCUGUCUUCUAAAGCACCUAAUGAUCCUCGUGAUGCCGGGUUUAUCCAGCAUUUCCAUUCAGACCUUGACUGCCACUGUGAUGCCAUGUGACAUGUGAUGCCCCGUUCUAUUGGUUAUCACUCUUCAAAAUCUAAAUGCAUACUUCAUUUAACUUAGAGGAUGUAAACCCAUGACUAGAAAAUAUUUUCAGACUUGACUGUGAGUUUUUAGCAUGUUACUCUAGGUCUGAAUGCUGUACAAGUGAAUACUGUUUUACCUUCAAACGAAAAGCACUUUGAUGGGAAGAAAGACAAUAGCGCUCAUCCUUUUUUCUAAUUUUAAAACCCCAUCCCCCCUCAAGUGUCCUUCUUGUCUCGUCAUCGAAAGGAACAUUUGAGAGCUGUCUGUAUUUGGCAAUAUGAAUAAGAACAACCCUGAACGUGUUAUUAUAAUGCUUCAGUGCUUGCAGCCUUCUCUUUCAUGAACAUUGACUCAGUCUGAUAAUACACUCUGUGUUAAAGUAAAACCCAUAAAAACUAGAAAAAGAUUUGAUCUUAGAAUUGUGUUUGCAAUGGUCUUUCAUAUACAUACUCGAUCCAUUUUUAUUUUUGACGAGCAUCUGUUAUGGAGGUGGUAUCCAGGAGCUCCAACGAAGACUUGCUGAGGCAAGACUCAGGUG